CCCCGGGCUGGCCGCCAGCCGGUGUAGAAUCUCAGAUUUGUUCAAUGAUUAUCUCGAGAUUGGCGCAUUGAAGUUAUGAGAUUUUAUAUAUGCCACUCCGGGCUCUGGAGUUUGAUAUCUAGAAGGAUUCUUCCGCAAUUUCAUGGUUAAGAUGCCCACAUCAUUACUUCCAAAGCAGAAGGGUUUGCAGACUUCUUCAGAACUUUUGGGGCGCAGCAGGGAAUGUGAUUUUUGGCAGGACUUGGUUGUUCUUGUCGCAACCAUUCUCGACUAUUGGCCUUUUCCCUCAGUUCGGUGCAAAUGGCGUGAAGAACGUGCAUACGAUUGAUCAGAGAGCAGUGUUUUCUGUCCUCGGAACGGUUUCUCGCAAGUUUUCAGCUCCUUCUGUAACCGAUCUUCUUUGUCAAUCUUGUGUAAAGCAAAUUGACAUCCUGCUCUCUGAGCUCACUCGAAGGUCUUUAUUCAGUGCAUUCCAGAGAAAUGCAAUGUCUGCUUGUAGUUAUGUUACAGGCAGGAUGGAAUCAAUCUCCCCUAAUAUUUGCAUUGGGGAUAAAACAAAUGCACAUUUACAGGCUAUGAAUAGAACUGGUAUAUGCAACAAGCAUAAGUUUCUUGAUCAUUACAGGAUUAUCAAUGGAGGCUUGCCUAAUAAAUUGUCAAAUGAUUGGAAACUGAGUUACUGGAGUGCAUGGUCUGGUUCCUCAGAAUUUUGUUCAAAGUUUGUGCCAUGUUUUGCAUUAUGGAAUAAGAACUUUCAGCUGGCUUAUGCAGCCCAAUAUUCUACAGGAGCUGCUCGGAAUUUUUCUUUUGAUGGCGUGUCACAGGAUGAGCAGCUUGAAAGCCGUGUAGUUAUGCAAAACAGGAAGUCGCUGAGUGAUAGAUCCUUGAAGUUGUUUUCUGGGUCUUGCUAUCUUCCACACCCAGAUAAAGAAGAAACUGGAGGAGAAGAUGCACAUUUCUUAUGUGAUGAUGAGCAAGUAAUUGGAGUUGCAGAUGGUGUUGGUGGUUGGGCUGAUCUUGGUGUUGAUGCGGGAAAAUAUGCUAAAGAACUUAUGGCUAAUGCUGCAUCUGCAAUCCAAGAUGAGCCAAAGGGGUUGAUCAAUCCUUUGAGGGUGUUAGAGAAAGCCUACUCCUGUACGAAAUCCAAGGGAUCAUCAACGGCCUGCAUUAUUGCUCUCACCAAUCAGGGGAUUCACGCUGUCAAUCUUGGGGACAGUGGAUUUAUUGUUGUUAGAGAGGGUUGCACUAUUUUCCGUUCUCCCAUUCAACAACAUGAUUUCAAUUUUACUUACCAACUUGAGAGUGACAAUGGCAGCGAUCUACCUAGCUCUGCUCAGGUUUUUACCUUCCCCGUUGAAGCCGGUGAUGUCAUAGUUGCUGGAACAGAUGGAUUAUUUGACAAUUUGUACAAUACUGACAUAAAUGCCAUCGUUGUUCAUGCCAUGCGAGCCAGGCUCGGACCACAGGUCACGGCUCAGAAAAUCGCCGCUCUUGCUCGCCAGCGAGCUCAAGACAAGAACAGGCAGACACCGUUUUCGACCGCAGCUCAAGAUGCUGGAUAUCGUUACUAUGGAGGCAAACCAGAUGAUAUUACAGUCAUCGUCUCUUAUAUCACUUCCAACACAGCUUGAGGUUAUUUCUUUAAUUUUCUUUUUUUUUUCUUACAUAAUUUUGUACAGAGUUUGAAGCCAUAUAUAGAGAUCAAGGCAUCAAAGAUAUAAGGGAAAUUUUCAUACAUACCACGCAAUCCUUAUAUUUUUUACAUACGUAACUUUCAAAAUUUGAUAUUUACACUUACAAUACCUUUGUUGUCAUAAAUCCAUGAAUGAAAAGCUGUUUUCCACUUUUACAAAGUGAUGGUGGUCUUGUUUUAUGUGAUAUUAAAGGUUUUGAGUGAUCAAUAUUUUGGUGUUAGAUAUGUAAAUACAUAAGAAUUACGUGGUAUGUAGGUUAAUGUCCCAACUCCCAAGAUAUAAACCUUGCAAACAUCAUUUGAAAAAAGAAAAUAUAUCCUGUUUAUCUAUAUUUUCUAUUCCUUUUUAAUGCUUGUAAUGUAUAUCAUUCUGAUGUCGGGGAUUGAAAGUUGAUUUGUAUUAUUAUCCGUUGUAUCAUGCAGAUUA